AAGCGGCGGGACGCUGCAGAGCGUGGACUGCGUGGGUGUCGGGCUGACAUCAGUUCCCUCCAACCUGAGCAGCUUCACCUCCUCUCUGGACGUGAGUAUGAACGAGCUGUCGGAACUUUCGGCCCACGUCUUCGGGAGCCUCCACCUCCUGCUGGAGCUCCGGCUGGCAGGAAACAGUUUGACGAAGCAUCUAAAGACGUUCAGGGACUCAUCAGUCUAAAGCUGCUAAGUCUGCAGAACAAUCAUCUGAAGAAGGUUCCGCCUGAAGCUUUACAGAACCUCAAGAACCUGCGUUCUCUACGUCUGGACGCUAACUUGCUGUCCCGUCUGCCGGCCGCCUCCUUCAGAGGCCUGCGCUCUCUCCUCCACCUGCGGCUGGAUGACAACGUCCUGACGGAGGUCCCCUUUCUGGCUCUCAGGGACCUGCCGGCGCUGCAGGCUCUGACUCUCGCCCUCAACGACAUCCGCCACGUCCCCGACGGAGCGUUCAGCUCCCUGACACAGCUGCUGCUUCUAGAUCUGAGCUUCAACAGGAUCAGCAGUUUCCCUGCAGCCAUCCGACACCUGAACAACCUGAGAGACCUGAAUCUCCAGAACAACAACAUCUCAGUCGUCCCAGGAAACAGCUUCUCUGGAAAUCCUUCCAUCGAGGCGAUAAAUAUCCAGAAUAAUCCUCUUCACACUGUGGGACACUCGUCUUUCCAGCUGCUGCCAGACCUCCACACUCUGUCGCUGAGUGGAAGCCUCAUCACAGAGUUACCAGACUUCACUGGGACCAGCAGACUGGAAACCCUCUCCAUCACAGGCAGCCACAUCUCCACCUUACCUGACAACCUGUGUGAGGAGCUGCCCCACCUGCAGAAGCUUGAUCUGUCCCACAACCUGAUCCACAGUCUGCCCAGCUUCAGCAGCUGCAGAAAGAUACAAAACAUUGAUCUGUCCUCCAACCGCCUCUCAUCUGUCUCUGUGAUGAGUCUCACUCACCUGAAACCGUCUGGACACCUGCAGCUUACAGUGUCCCAUCAACACCAGACUCACAGACUCAGGAAGUCAGAUCAGCUGGUCACAUCUACCUGUGUGUUUCUCCUCUGUGCGUCUACCAGAUCUGAGGACAGCAACAGUCUGUCCAUAUGUUGUCUGGACACGCUGUCUCUCUGGCUCCUUCACUUCCUCUUCAUCGUCUCCAUCGUCUUCAACCUGCUGCUCCUGGUCUGCCUCCUCCCCCUCGUCCUCCACCUCCCUCCCCCCAGCACCUCCUCUCUGCUGCCAGCAUCGUCAGCACAGGCUGUCUCUGCCGAUUCCAGCAAGGACACUGAUCCAGGAUCUGGAGUCCCUCCUCUGAGGUCUUUAUCUUCAUCAUGAUGGCGAACAGAACAAAGAGCUGCUCUCAGAUCAGCUGUGCGGUCGUCUGCAGCUCUGCUCUGACUCUUUUAAGUGAAGGCCCCCUCUGUGGGGUGCAGAUAGGCCACUGCAGACAGAUGUGGUGGUUCUAUACCGAUGGCAGUGGGAGGGAAAAUAGCUACAAAGAAGAGAUGAAAUGCAAACAGAUGUUCUGUCCUCAAUAAAAGAAAUGCCCACAACACUUGUCCCUCCCCCAACGACAGAUGAACAUGGGACGAUGUUCCCUGCUGUCUUUUCUUAAAUGUCAUAGGGCCUAGUCACUGUAGAUUACUUAUAGAGAUGCUUUUUAAGACUAAAGAAAGUAUACUAUACUUUUAGGAGCACUUUUUGGAGCACUAAUAUGUUGACAUACAAUAGAUGGUGGUCAGAGAUGUCAAGUAAUUACAAAUACUUUGUUACCUUCCUUAAGCUGAAAUUUUGGGUAUCUAUACUUUACUGGAGUAAUUAUUUUCAACAUGUAUUAUUUCAUAAAUAAAUGUUUCUGCAUUUAGUACUGUACAAUUAAAGGAGGCAGUUAACGUCACAAUAAAGAAGAAAUAAUAUGUAUUAGUACAAUAAUUAAAAUCUUCU